CAGCAUUUGUGUACAGGAGAGGAGGCUGCAAGGAGGUGCCCAGGACUGGCACAGCACGCAGGAGGCAGAGCGCACACUCAGUUUCCAGUGUCUGAAGCAAAUUACACCAUUGGAAAAUGUCAGAGUUUUGGUUAAUUUCGGUUCCUGGAGAUAAGACCAACUUAGCAGCUCUGGAGAGGAUGAAUACAGUCACCAGUAAAGCCAACCUGUCUGAGAAUUCAAAGUUCAUCAUACCUGACCUGAAGGUGGGGACUCUGGAUUCUCUCAUUGGACUUUCGGAUGAUUUGGGGAAACUUGACGUCUUUGCAGAGAGUGUAAUUAAGAAAAUUGCUCAGUAUAUAGGAGAAAUAAUGGUUGACUCUGCAGAGAAAGCCCAAGAAAACCUACUGGCAAAUGGAGUUGACUUGGUCAGCUAUAUGUCCCGUUUUGAGUGGGACAUGGCUAAAUAUCCCGUGAAGCAGCCACUGAAUAAUUUAAUGGACUCUCUCAGCAAGCAAAUGUCACAAAUAGAUACGGACCUGAAGUCAAGAGCACUUACGUAUAACAACAUUAAAAGCAAUCUGCAGAGUCUGGAGAGGAAAACUGUGGGCAACUUACUGACCAGAACCUUAGCUGACAUUGUGAAUAAAGAAGACUUUGUGCUGAACUCAGAAUAUCUCAUCACACUUCUGGUGGUUGUCCCAAAGACCAGUUAUACCGCUUGGCAAAAGACCUAUGAAUCACUGUCCGAUAUGGUUGUACCUCGAUCAACCAAGAUGAUCGCAGAGGACUCAGAAGGAGGAUUAUUUACAGUCACACUGUUCAGAAAAGUGAUCGAUGAAUUUAAAGCUAAAGCUCGGGAAAUCAAGUUCAUAGUUCGAGAGUUUUACUUCAAUGAGAAAGAGCUGCAGUCAGAAAAAGACGAAAUGAUUAAACUGGAGGCAGAUAAGAAGCAGCAGUAUGGGCCUCUCCUGCGCUGGUUGAAAGUGAACUUCAGUGAAGCAUUCAUUGCCUGGAUUCACAUAAAAGCCUUGCGAGUUUUCGUGGAGUCUGUUCUAAGGUACGGCUUGCCGGUGAACUUCCAGGCAGUGAUUCUGCACCCCUACAAGAAGUCUAUGAAGAGACUACGAGAUGUGUUGAAUGCCAUAUUCAGACACCUGGAUGAGGCUGCAGCUGCGAACAUGAAGGAUGUUGGUAUGGAUAUUCCUGGUUUACAACUGAACAACCAAGACUAUUACCCAUAUGUCUUCUUCAAGAUUGACCUGAAUAGCUUAGACUUUCAGUCUUAGGUGUAAGAGACAGACCGUAUAGCGAAAUCUAGAGUGACCAACGGUCCUUUAACACUGUGCUGAUAUUGCUGCCUAGUCUUUUCUAGAGACACCAGAUGCCGUCUUAAUAUGUAUCUAGAAGCAACUCCAUGGAAUGAGCCAGUAAUGUGCAUGCUAAAAGCAGAGCCGCUGUCCUAAGAGGAUGUCACACAGAAGGAUGUAAUAUUUGUAAAUUAUAUCAUAGACCUGUGCCUGGUGGCCAGAGACCACCUACAAUAAAAGAUUAUAUAUAUAUGUA